UACAGAUCCCAGUCAACGCAUCACAUUGCCUCAUGAUUGACGAGUAGUUGAGGUUGAUUCAUCUAAAGAAAAAGCAAAGCGACCACCCGCCCGGACUUUCCCGUGUAUUCCUGUUUCAGAAUGAGGGAUCGAGUAUGGAGGACGAUGAGUUGGCAGCUUGCAGAAGGGCAUAUAAUGCCGCAAUUCUCAGCUGAGCUGGAGGAUUUCUUAGUUUCCCUCCGACUUGUGCCCUGUUAAAGAUCAGCUUGAAGCAUACAUCCUCCACACUCACAUUCGUGUCAACAUGGCCGACUCCCCUCGCUAUGCAAUGGGCACACAGUCCUCUCAACGACGAACCAGUCCCAUUCGUAAGGGACAACCAGAACGUCCUAGUACUCCAACCCGUCGACCAACGACGCCCACCCUCGGCCGCCGUCCUACAACUCCAACUCUGGGCCGCCGGGGCUCCAACGCUUCUCUCCGUCGUCAGGGGUCGAAUGCAACGCUCAACCGUCCUGUCACUCCCACUGCAACGGAGAUACCAGACGGCGACCCUGUGAAAGUUGGCCGGGUCACCACUCCAAAAACCGGCCCAGCGCCAGGAAGCCCAGAAACUCCAGCACGAAUCUUACCUGCUAUCCCCGAGAGUCCUCUUGUUAUGCCAUCGCCUCGUUCGCGACAAGUUUCUCGUGCUGGUAUCACGCCUCGCUCUCGACAGGUUUCGACGACCGAUGCAGCUCCUCGUUCACGUCAGGUCUCGCAGACUCUACCGGCUCCAGAAGUCGAUCGUGCUCCCGAUGUCGCCAAAGCGCCCGCGCUUGAAGUUACUCCGACUGUCGUCAAUGCUCCCCUUGUCAGAACGACACCGAGUGUAGGUCGUGUGCCCAAAGUUCGAUCGACUCCUAAGGUCGCGCUUAUUCCAAGUGUUCGAUCUUUGGUGGGCAACACUAUUAUCCCGUCGACUGCAAAGACUCCUCGAAUUGCAAAGACCCCAGCGGUGGCAUCUCCUCCCGUCGUCGCCCCUACCCCUAUCCUCGUGCCGAUUUCUGUAGCUCGGGGUGUACCUGGCAUUGCUCCUGGACCCUAUGCUGCUCCUAUCCCACUGUCGGCACCUCUGCCAGUUAUUGCACUGGUACCUAUAAUCGCUAGGGCUCUGGCUACUGCUCUUGCGCCGCGUGUUUCCGAUGCCCCCAAGGCUGCUCGACUACCUCUGACUCAAGAAGCUCCCAAGUCGACGCUAGCUUCAAGGUCAGCAAAAGCUCCCAAGGCUUUGCCGCCGCCUCCCACUAGACUCCUCCUUGGUCAGGCGUAAAGUUGAUUGUUGAUAAAUGGAAGUUCUGCAGGGCAUGCCAAUUAAUUGGUUCGGAAAGCUACUGUGUUAACUGGCUUCUCUCGUGAAAGCCCACCUGGUCUCCUCCCUAGGUAGGUGCUUCAGGAAUGGCCUCAAGCAUCAGUUGGCAAACAUAUAUAGCCCAAACAACAGGAAUUGCACCGUAGGCUGAAUACAAGUAUUGGAAAUUUUCUUUUGAAGAUGAAAAGAAUUCUACUCAAGGCAGCCACAGUUUGGGAAUGUAUACCGCAGUAGGUUUGGGAACUGUGAUCCCCGCAUCCCCGGUCCUUCCUUCCUUUGAUGAACUUGGGUGAGCUACGUACAAUCUGCCAUUUCCUAGCC